AUGCUCGCCGUUGCCAAAACCGUGGUGGCGCUUGUCGCGCUCUCGGCCUCCUCCGUCGCCGCAUCGGAUAUUGCAGCUGCGGGUCGCGGGAGCGUGCUCCGUGCUUCGCGCGGCAGCGACGCGCGAACCGGCGUGGCAGAUCUGACGCAGGUGGGAUCGGCGCUGCAGCUUCGGGGCGGAGGCAGCACCCUCUCGCGGCUCCUCCCGAUCCUGCUCGGCCGACGGCACUGCAAGAUCCUGAUGCUUGGACUCGACUCGGCCGGAAAGACCACCAUCCUCUACCAGCUCAAGCUGGGCGAGCUGGCGGCGACGACGCCGACUCUUGGAGUCAACGUCGAGACCGUCACCUACAAGAACAUCGAGUUCAUGGUGAUGGACAUGGGCGGGCAGGACAAAAUCCGCGCGCUGUGGUCUCACUACUACGACGGAGCCAACGCACUGAUCUUUGUUGUCGACUCGUCCGACGAGGAGCGGCUGGCUGAGGCGAAGGAGGAGCUGCGGAAGCUGCUCGGGGAGGAGGCGCUCAAGGAGGCGCUGCUGCUCGUCUUUGCGAACAAGCAGGACCUGCCACAGGCGCUGUCGGUGCAGCAGGUAGCGGACACGCUCGAGCUGAGUGCGAUCCCGCACCGCAGCUGGUACAUCCAGGCGUGCUCCGCCACCACCGGCGCCGGCAUUAGCGACGGGCUGGACUGGCUCGCCAAGAAGCUCGCGGCGCAAGAGAGGACAUGAGGUCAGCGCGCGGGGCUCGAGGAUGCGGCUUUUGUCGCUCAGCCUGCAGGCGGCAUUGAGGCGUCGCAGAGAGACGGCCGUUGAGCGGUCGCUGUCUCAGACUCUGACGCCACAUAACGUACGUGUUCACACGCGCUAUAAACACCGCGAUUACGCGUUCGUGCUUCGUGGUCUAAAACGACACACGAGAUA